CUUUCAGGAUUCGACGGAGUGCAAGCUUUUCCAGAGGGGUUGGGAAACCUCACUUCCCUUAGGACAUUGAAUCUUUCAGGAUUCAACGGAGUGCAAGUUUUUCCGAAAGGGUUAGAAAACCUCACUUCCCUUUGGACAUUGAAUCUUUCAGGAUUCAACAGACUGCAAGCUUUUCCGGAGGGGUUGAGAAGCCUCAAUUCCCUUGGGAGAUUCAAUCUUUUAGGAUUUGACAGAGUGCAAGCUUUUGUGAAGGGGUUGGGAAACCUCACUUCUCUUGGGACAUUGAAUCUUUCAUGAUUCGACGGAGUGUAAGCUUUUUCGGAGGGGUUGGGAAACCUCACUUCCCUUGGGAUGUUGAAUUUUUCAAGAUUCGAUGAAGUGCAAGCUUUUCCGGAGGGGUUGGGAAACCUCACUUCCCUUGGGACAUUGAAUCUUUCAAGAUUCAACCGAGUGCAAGCUUUUCUAGAGGGUUUGUGAAACCUCACUUCCCUUGGGACAUUGAAUCUUUCAGAAUUUAAACGAGUGCAAGCUUUUCCAGAGGGGUUGGGAAACCUCACUUCUCUUAAGCAAUUGAUGCUUUCAAAUUUCAACGGAGUGGAAGCUUUUCCAUAAAGGUUGGGAAACUUU